AUGUCGGGACCCAUGGAUGAAUUCCUACAAUCCCAGACGGGGCUUACCCACGAGGCGCAGGGCCCCGUAAAGGCGCCGACAUCCCCUGCCUACACUGCCUCGGACCACGAUCAACCUACAAUAGCAGACAUAGGGGCAGAAAUCAGGCAACUAGCAGCGGCUAUGGUCACCAAAAAUGACUUGCAAACGUUGGCAACAACUCUCUCAGCCUCAAUCACAACGGCCGUCACGGCACUCCAGAAUGACUUGGACACGCAGAAAGGCUGCAUCCAAAUGCUGGAACACCAGGCCCAAAGUGCCCACCAACUAGCAACGGCCACAGACACUGCUGUAGCUAAGCAGGGCAACAUGCUCCUAGCCCUGAGGCGCCAAGUGGAGCAUCUGGACAACCGGAGCCGCCGCUCCAACAUCAAGGUCCGGGGCAUGCCUGAAUCAGAGGACGGGGAAAAAGCAGAGGAACUCCUGACCGGACUGUUUCGCUUCAUUAUGGGAGAUGAUGCCCCGGCGGAGAUGAGAUUUGAUAGAGCCCACUGGGCCUUGCGACCAAGACUAAGGGAGGGAGACCCCACGAGAUAUUAUCUGCUGUCUCCACUCCUAUUCGCUUAA